CGUCCCCGAGCGCACACGGCGUAGAGGAGAGUACAGCGCACGAGUCUGUGGAAGGGAGAUAACGGUUUCUUUUUUUUGUCCCCCCUCUCCACUCAAACAACAAGAACAAACCAAACCUGAUUUUAGGGGGGUCUCACAGAGUCUUCUGAUUAUCAGGAGGAGGGAAGCGAGGAGCCGCAAGUUUUUUUUUCUUUUUUCGUUUUUUUCUCUUUUCCUUAAAAGAGGAUUCUGUGCUUCGCGGUGGUUUGUUCUCCGCUCUCGCCGCAAAGAUGAUGGUCGGAGAGGUCGAAGUGAAGGAGCGACCGAGGCCGAGUCCCGACUAUUUAAUGCAAUUAUUGAACGAGAAGAAGCUCAUGACCAGUUUGCCAAAUCUCUGCGGCAUCUUCACACACCUAGAGAGGCUUCUGGAUGAAGAGAUCAACAGAGUGCGUAAAGACAUGUACAGCGACACAGUGAAUGGCCUUGUGGACAAACACCCACUGGAGCUGCCCGAACCAGUCGGACCCAUCGUUCACCUGCAGGAAAAACUGUUUGUGCCUGUCAAAGAGUACCCAGAUUAUAACUUUGUGGGGAGAAUCCUUGGCCCGCGGGGACUCACAGCCAAACAGUUGGAAGCAGAAACAGGAUGCAAAAUCAUGGUGCGAGGAAAAAGCUCCAUGAGAGACAAAAAGAAGGAGGAGCAGAACAGAGGGAAGCCAAACUGGGAACACCUAAAUGAAGACCUUCAUGUCCUCAUCACAGUGGAAGACACACAGGCUAGAGCAGAGAUCAAGAUGAGGAGAGCAGUGGAGGAGGUCAAGAAGCUCCUUGUACCUGCAGCGGAGGGAGAGGACAAUUUGAAGAAGAUGCAGCUGAUGGAGCUAGCUAUUCUCAAUGGGACAUACAGAGAUAACAACGUCAAAACACCCACCCUUGCGUUCUCUCUUGCAGCGGCGGCAGCAGCCGCUCAGGGCCCUCGCCUCAUAGCGACCUCCACAGGUCAGGUGUUGCCUCCCCCGGCACUGCGGCCUCCGACGCCAGCCGGGGCCCCCAUCAUGAACCUCAUCCGGCCCACUCAGAUGGCUGCCAUGCUGCCCAAUGGCACCCCCACCCUGGUGCCUCCCACACCGGAUGGCGGGCUUAUCUACACCACCCCCUACGAGUACCCUUAUGCCUUGGCACCCACCUCCCUGCUGGAGUACCCCAUCGAGCACAGUGGGGUUCUAGGUGCAAUGGCUACUAAAGUGAGACGGCAUGACACGCGGGUCCAUCCUUACCAAAGGAUUGUGACCGCUGACAGAGCCGCCACCGGCAACUAACACAUGACCUUCUGACCUCUGAACUCUUCACCCAAUGACGAGCCGCCCCAAGCCUGCCUGCUGAUCAGUUAACUGGUAAUUGCCUUUUGCUAGCCUCUCGGACGCAAGUGUGUGAGAGAGAGAGAGAGAGGCGCCUGCCCGUACAGUUACCCUAACACAUUCUGACAAUAAAAAAAAAAAGAGAGAAAAAAAGUAGAAACCAACGCAGAAUCUUCACAGAAACACAACGAAAACCCAACAAAGUUGUGUGAUAUUCAUAAAUAUUUUUUUCCCUUUGUUCAUUGAGUUCGAUUCCCAUUCUUUCUCUUUCUUUUUCUUCAUGAAUCACACACUGGGUGGACGUGUUUGUGGUAUGACUCAUAAAUCUGCACUGAAUUACAUAGCAAUAAAGACCCCCACCCCACACACCCCACCCCCUUCCUCUAAUUACUCUGAUGUGGUGACCUCACUUGUACGAGUCAAAGUUGAGUAUUUAUUUGACGCAAACCAUUUGGUUUCAGCGUAAUGGCCCUCCGAUUGACAGCCCCUCCUCCCCUCCCCUCCCUCAAAAUAUAGAUAUAAGAGCGUCUACCUGCUCCCACCCUGUUCCAAAACCCACCCACGGGGAGAGAAAAAGAAACAGAAGGAAAGAGAACAUACACUCACAUUAACUUGUUUAAUUUCUGUCAUUUUCACGUGUAGUUCAGUUGUUGAGCUCUAAGAUGUAAUUUUGAGCUGACACAUUCUGGGUGUGCCCCUCUAAACAGCUUUCUGUCUUUGUUUUUAUUUUAUUUUUUAAAAAGCAUGGCUGAAAUGAUUGCUAAAGGAGCUUUUUAUGAUUUAUGUGUUUUGUUUUUCUCUUGUCUGUUUUUAAUGCUUUUUUUUUUUUUAAGUCAUUUUCUCCACUUGAUUUUGUCCUUUUUUUUCCCCUGUUGUUCAUAUUUGACUAAUUAGCUUUUGCUUAAACCUGACCAGCCAAAACCAAGGCGAGGUGGUUAGCUCUAAAGCAGUACGCAAACUGAUGUUCAAAGCAGGCCGCAGAAGCUUAAGAAAUGAUGAAGGGCAAGAUGGGAAGGUCACUACUUGGGCUGAUGGUUCUUUGUGUGUUUUUGUGUGUGCGUUUUUAAUUAAUACUACAAUGAAAGUAGGGUGUGUUGAGGCAUCGGGGGGAGGGAGAGGGAAAUUGCCCCCCAUCCACACUACAUCCACUAUACAGUGCCUGAUGUAUUUUGACAAAAAAAAAUCUCAAUGAGUUAGCCGAGCUGUGAUCACAAAGACAAAAAAAAAAGUAUUAAGUGUGCAUAUUUAGCCAAAGGGUUUGCCAGUGAAUUAUAUAUCUGCAGUUAUGCAUCUGUCUCACAGAGGGCUCUCUUUGUGAUUUUUAAGAGUUUAAAAGGGUGUGAAUUUUUAGUGCCUGCCUUCAGCUGUAACAGCCAGCCAGCCAGUCAGUUUAGAUGAUUUCUCACCCAUUACUGCUCUGUUUUCUUUUAAGGUGAAGAGAUGCUAAUCAACACUAAAUCAACAUGUUACACAGUGACAGCAAAGGGGGGAGGGGGGCACUUUGAAGUUCUGUACAUAAAUGCUUUUGCCAUGUUACCUGGAUUCUAUAAUAAGUUGUUUCAUCAGCCACGUUGCCAAACAGAUGUUUUAUUUUGCCAUUUUUUCCAUCUCCACGUUUGACUAAUUCUUUUAAAUGUAUUUUAAGUUUUAACCCCAGUUUAAAGACUUUACAUAAGUUGAAUCGUGCAGUUGGCAUAAUCUGAGCCUACUUGCAUUUUUGUGUUUUGUUUUUUUUACUGAUGCAAUUUCUUUUUUUCUUUUUCUUUCUUUUUUUUUUUUUUUUAAACUCGAGGUAAACGAUCCAAAAGCGCAUCCACAAUGUGUCACACCUCCCUGUGAUCAUAGUCUAGCUUCUGAGCCCACAAUCUUUUGUUUAACUCUCUCAAGAAAAAAAUAGGAUGUGAAAGCCAUGCCUGCCUGUUCAAAUUGCUUUAUACAUACGUCUUAUAUAUAUAAAUAUAUAUAUAAAUAUAUAAAAAUGUAGAUAUGUCAUUGCAUAUACAAAUACAGAAGAGAACAAAAAAAAGAUAAUUUUACAGGGUGCUGGAGAUGAGAAAAAAUAAGAUCUAUUUUUGGCAAUUUUAGCUUUUGAUACUUUACUUGCAGUUACAAAAUCAGAAAAAAAUAAAGAAAAAAAGUUUAAAACCGUAUGGGGGGGGCAAGUGGGGGAGGGGAGGGGAGGGGGAGAAGUGCUGUUGACCUUGAAUAUGAUUGGAAAAGGAAGACCAAAAUAGUCACGACCCUUCGGAAAGUUAGCGAGCAUCAGAGUGAGACGGACGCCUAGAGAGCUUAAAAAGAUCAAAUCAAAGUGCCUUAUCGACAGCGGUUUCUGUUUUCUAGUAUUCCAGUUGUGUUCAAUAAUAUCCAGCACCCACCAAGAUGGCGCAGAGAGGAAUGGCUGGUGUUACACGCUCUGAAAGGUCGAGCAGGGUAGCCGCUACCGUACCGUGGCGUUACCGAAGUUAUUCUAUGCAAAAGAAUAGCAGUCGUUUUGACCAGCUACAAACAUGUGCCAUGGUUUUGUCUUCCUGAAAUGAUUUUUUUCUCUUUUCCUUUUACCUGAUGGCCCUUUACUCUGCUGUAUGAGCAGAUUUUGUUCUCUGUUUUUUUAAUUAUUAUUAUUGUUAUUUCGAUUCUAACGAUCAAACGAGAUAUUGUCUUGAUUUUUGGUGACUUUGACUAACUUCCUAGAACAAAUUGAACUGCCAGUCGUGACCCAGUAGUCUGCCGGAACAUGUUUUUUUUCUUUUUUAUAGUUUGUUCGUUUGUUUGUUUAUUUUUAUUAUGAGCUAAGAAAAAUACAUGACGUUCAAGGGAGUGGAUGGAAGAGCGAACAGCGGGUGGGGAGGGUCGUCCCCACUACGCCUGUUUGUUUUUGUUUCAACAGCUGCAAACUGAAAGCAUCCAGUCCACGUCUCUCAGCGUCAGCUUGACAACAAACUAUCAAUACAAUCAUGAGGUUUAAAUUGGACAGCUGAAAUGUUGGAAUAAUGAAACAAGCGAGGCCCGCUUCACCGCCAAACAGUUCUCAGCUGUUGAAACAACUGACAGUUUAUUGCUGGAAGGUGAAAUAAUAUUAAAAUCGAGGAAUUCUUAAAUCCAAUAUAACACUUGGCGGUUUUGUUUUUUUUGUUGGUUUUUUUUUCUUCCCUCUAUUCAUAGCUCUUUCAUCAUGCUGUUACAGUGAAAGGUCAAUGAAAUAUUCUUUUUCAGUGUUAUUAUUUUUAUUAAAUUGAAAUGCAAUAUUAAAGUGGAGCAAGAGAUAGUUAUUCGGCAUUUGACAGUAUUAAGAAAAUUCCCUCUGCAAUGUUACAACUUGCUGUGUCAUUGUGAAAGGCUGGAUAAGACCAUCAGGGGAAAGGUUGACUCUUAUACCUACCGUAUUCUCUCUGGCCUGCCUACUACAUGUAUGAUAAUGUAAUUAACAGCCAUUGUUACAGGUUUAUAAUGUAUUUUUCUAAUCUCAUUUUAUAUGUAUAUUAAUCAUGUUUCUGAGUGCUUUUUUUUCCUUCUUCUUCUUUUUUUUUUAAUGAAACCCACUGCAACCCCCCUCGCCCUUAAACGACCCUCUCUCCUCCUUCUCCCCUGCCCCCUCCCCUCAUCUCUUUUACAUCUCGAAAACUGUCUCUUGUGGGGAGUGUUGCCUUUUUCCCUGUUACAUUUUGUUUUGUUUUCUUGCUGAUUCCCAGCUUGUUUAACUCAUUAGCUACUUUAUUAGUUAAUUUUUUUUCCUUGUCACGAGUAUUUUUACAUGCUUGCAUUUAGUUUUCAUGGUGUAUGCUGUUAUUUUUUUCUUAUUAACCUCUUGGCAUUUAUUUUAAUAAAACAUUCUUAGUAAGAAUUUUACUAACUUGCUGAUAUUUUGUCUUGUGUUUAUAACCAGUUUCAUGAAUGUAUUACCUCUGGUCUGGUUCACGGACUAACACGAUUAAAACCAGUUGUCCUGCCACCACUUCCACUGACUGACAACGCACAUUACAUGAACGCGUGCGCUCUACAUAAAACCACACUACACACACGCACAGAUCUAACUGGAAACUGCACGAGUUGAUAAAUGUCCCUCACUGCCGCUCACGCGCUCUCACCUCUGUGCUGAAAGCAAAGAAACCAACAAAAAAAAGUCUUCUGACACUCUUCAUACUUGCACCCAACACUGCUGCUGUGUCUUGUCGUCUCUCUCCGAAGCAACUUUUUGUUAGUUGUCCUGUCCGCCUGUGUCACUGACCCUCCGCCGCCCCCUCCGUGAGACGGCAGGAAGUGUCGCCCUGUCUGAAACAACAAGCCCCGCGUUGCUCGAGGUCACGGGUUAACCUCUGGGUCGGCUGUUCUCUCUCCAACGAGGCGCGCACUGAUUAAAAAAAACAAAUACAUCUCCACACGCAAAGUCAAAACGCCCUAAUCCCCAGAAGAUAAAACUCCCAUUUCCUCCCUACACACACACACAGACACACAACACUAUCUCUAACCAUUAGUUAGUGCAGGACUAAUCGCAAGCUGUGCAAAAAUACUCAUAUUAGUCAUCUCAAAGGGAUUAAUUUUACUGUGAAUGUGAAGAGCAGAACAUCUCAUCACUGCACAUUAUAGAUGUAGUGAGUUAUUUACAACAGACACUCGGCCGGGGGGGCAAAUUUAUAGAUGGCGGUCGUGUGAACGUCUAAAGCUGUAUUUUAUUUAAUUUUUCCAUCACUUUCCCUCUAUUGCAUCCCUGGCUUGUUAUGCCUGGACUGGAGCAUUACUGUUAUCACCAGCUGUUGCCUGUUUGGUGAACACUUCUCCCCAUUCAGCUUAUUGAUAUAACGGCUAAUACUAGGCCAUUUGGGAGCAUCUAUAACGCUUAGACACACACCAGUACACCACGCCAAUAUGAAGUGCUCUGGGAUCAAAACAACCGUACUAUUUCUUCCAGUGUAAGAAUGCUGAUAUGGCUUUCAGCUUGCUAGUAUUUAUCACCUUUUUUUUCUGUCCAGGGUGGAUUUUCCUCGUCUGAAACACUGCCAGUGUGUGUGUGUGGUUUCUUUUUUGUUUCGUGUUUUUUCAUCCUCCUGCUGACAUUAAACUCGUCCUGGGGUUCAUUGAGCUUUCUUCUCCUUUUUCUUUAUUCAGCUCUCUUCUUCCUCCACUCUUUACUCGAGGUAUUGACACUGACACACAAGCAACAGAUUAACUUCAUUAAUCCCGAUUAUUACUUUAACCCGCUGAGUUGUUGCCUCCAGAUCAUUAUUUUGGGGGUUUUUUUUCCUCCUUUUUAAUAUCUGCAGCAACCAAAACAACUUGGCCUUAACUUGUUGCAAUUCUCUUCGUGUCUCAGCGAGCGGAGAGCAAGAAUUAAAGUGUCUAACAUCAAAACUAACAUUUCUCGACUUGGAAAAUUAACAUUAACAUGUUUUUAUUUUAUUUUAACCUUUAACACCUGCUUAUACACCAGCAAAUAAAGGCAGAGAUUACAUUACAGGCAAGCCAAAAAAUUUUAAUUUUGUUUUUUCGAUGUGCGUUUUUGAUUGUUAGACAUAAGCUUUUUAUUUAUUAAUCUAGUAUUGGCCUUUAAUGUGUGGUGUUUUUUUUGUUUGUUUUUUUUUGUUUUGAUUGGCUUGUCUGUGUCGUAAUGAGCAAUUUGAGCUAAAAAUCCGUCCACUAGCUGUCACAAGCCUUGCCUUUUUAUAUGUCGGAGAGGUUUUCAGUGGCUCCCGUCAACAAACGAGCUGAUGAAAAAGACAGUGAGCCGGUGGGAGUUCUUUUCUGAAGCACAGUAAACUACAAACGCUGCCUAAAAUACCGCAGCUCUGUUUAAAAAGUGCCUUUUCUUUCUCAGAUUGGAAAAUUAUAUAUUUUUGUACUUUAUCAUUCAAGUGCCAAUUUUCUGCCUCCCUUUAUCUCACCAAAAGCUGUUGUUUUUAUUCUUGCCUUGUUGAGCACACAAAACUAAAUACCCAAGCACAAUGCACAUUUUUUUUUUUCCUUUUUUUUCCUUUAAACUGGGAAAUUUGACCAAAAAAAAAAAAAAUAAGAGGGGGAAUUUGGUCACAGAUGUUUCCCACCAUUAAACUUUGGCUUAAUGGGUCCUGUUUUCGAUUUGAUCCACUGAGAACUUUCUAAUCGGACCACAGUAUGCAGUGAACUGCUGCUGGUUGCAUACUGCUGCCAUCUCUGGCAGAGUUCUCAGUGUCUUUUCCCAAAUCUGUCACAGGACAUUCAGUGGAUUUAUCUACUAACUACCUUCUCACCUGUCAAUCUCUUUUUCUUCUUCACCUCUGUUUAACAAACAUUCCUCCAAUGAGUUAAACGGCAGGUUUAACAAUCAGUACUGGUCUCAGCGAUGUAGCACUCAGGUGGUUAAAAGAAAAAUGCUACCAAAAUACAGAAAUUAAUUCGCCCCACUGGAUUUUUCUUCCUUUAAAAAAAAAAAAAAAAAAAAAGAUAUAUAUGCAUUUAAUAGUAUAAAACAAUUUUUUUCCUAAAAAAAUACUAGUAUGAUAUAUUGUAAGUUUCUCAUCCAUUUAGUGAUGCAAUAUCUGUGAGAUUUCCUUUUUUGUGGAGUUGUAAGUUUUUAUGUGAAGUAGUCUUUAUUUUGUUUUGUGUUAUCUUGUUUUUUAUUAUACAGGGUUAGACUGAGAAUUUUUCAAUAGGGUGUAAAACAUGAAAUGCCAGUUUUUGUUGCUCACACCAAAAAAAAGAGGAAAAAUAAAUAAAUAUGAGGAGAACAAAUGUCAUGUGUGCAAUAAAGAACGAUAUUUACAAGCUUC